AUGAAUAAUGAAAAAGUGGAGUGGAGUCGGUGGACUACUUUGUCAGACGACGACGUCGACGAUGACGAUGUCGAAGCCGAGAAGCCUGCCAAACGUCCACGGACAAAUGAAAACACGCAAAACCCGACAGACCCCGACCCUAAUGACCAAGAUGAAGAGCCCUCCGAGGAUUUACAUGAUGAGGAACCGCCAGAGGCAGAGAGUUCGGAGGGAGAAGACACUAUAAGCGAUCCGGGAGACCCUGAUAUAAAUGCAACAACCGAGGAAGAGCCUGUCGGGAAUGCACCUGACCCGUCACAGGCAGAGAUUUCAGAGGGGGAAGACACUAUAAGCGACCCGGGAGACCCCGAUACGGAUGCAACAAUCGAGGAGGAGCAUGUCGGGAAUGCAUCUGACCCGUCACAGGCAGAGAUUUCAGAGGGGGAAGACACUAUAAGCGACCCGGGAGACCCCGAUACGGAUGCAACAAUCGAGGAGGAGCAUGUCGGGAAUGCAUCUGACCCGUCACAGGCAGAGAUUUCAGAGGGGGAAGACACUAUAAGCGACCCGGGAGACCCCGAUACGGAUGCAACAAUCGAGGAGGAGCAUGUCGGGAAUGCAUCUGACCCGUCACAGGCAGAGAUUUCAGAGGGGGAAGACACUAUAAGCGACCCGGGAGACCCCGAUACGGAUGCAACAAUCGAGGAGGAGCAUGUCGGGAAUGCAUCUGACCCGUCACAGGCAGAGAUUUCAGAGGGGGAAGACACUAUAAGCGACCCGGGAGACCCCGAUACGGAUGCAAUAAUCGAGGAGGAGCCUAUCGAAAAUGCACCUGGUCCUAGCUCAUCGCAGGCAGGGUCAGGGGCCCAGAACACUGGAAGUCAUCAGGGUAGCAGUAUAUGUGCCAAAGAUAAGAAAAGGACAGUGUACGGGUGGCUGUGA